AACAAGGUACUUCCCCUACGUUGUUCCAGCAGAACUGCCCAGCUGUAUAAAUGGGUAAAUAACAGUGGAUCAUUUAACACUGAGAGGUCCUUGGGAUGAAAAAGCAUCUUAUUGUGUGAGGUAAACAAGGUAAAGAUGCACUGUGGCAUACAUGUCACUUCUGUCCCUGUGCACGGCCCUGCAAAUGGCCUUGGGUGUUCAGUUUUAAUUAGGGCCACAUUAAUUAUAAUGUGGGUAAAUGUGGAUGUUUUAAUUGGGUCGAGUGUCCCGAGGGCUCCCUUCCCUUCGCUUUCCUUGGAAACGUUCGCUCUACUGCAGUGUGACCUUGUUGAAGGCCUCACACCUUCUUCUCCAGGUACAGUGUGUUUCUCCGGCUCGGUUGUGUGAGGCCUUGGCUUCGCAGUCAGGGCUUUUUUUGCCACUGUCACAUGCUGUCUGGACCGGAGCGCCGCACAAGCCACCUGCCCGAACGCCGUUCCUCAUGGCAUGAGCCGUUUGGCUUCAGCGAGAACGUCUCCGUUCCCGCAGACCUCUUAGUCUCCCAGUUUUGUUUUGUUUUGUUUUGUUUUGUUUAUCCUGCUCCACUUCACCACAACUAGUCAGUUUUUCAGUCAAGCUGUUCUUCUGUUAAGCGUUGAUUGGCUGGAAUGCAAGUCAAUCUUUUGAUUGACAGGUACUAGCAGCCGUUUGAUUGGCAAAUGGUAGUCCGCCGGGUGGCGCUUAGCUUACACUCUCUCCUACACCAAGGUGCAAACAGGCGGGACUCGGAGGCUCUGCUCUCUGGUUGGUCUGCGGACCCGCCAUCCCCUCAAGGUGCGCUCUGAUUGGCCGUGAGCGUCUUCGCGUGCGUGGGGCGUCGCUGUGCGGCCUGCUCAGGAACUGCGGCUGCGAUAGAACGAGGAGCGGAUUAGCGGGCAAUUACAUCAGAAAGGAGCCGCCGAGGGACGUAGCGGAGCGGAGAGGAGCGCGCGCGCCCGGCCGCCCGCCCGUGCAUAAUUAGCAUGUGGAAUUGAGACGUACAAGUAAUAAACAGCGGCGCAGCUCUGAUUUCCAGGCUGCACGCGACCGCGCCGCGUUCGUAGCGCUCACAGUUGCGUUCGUCUCCGUUCCUCGUCGUUCGCACCCGGCUCGUGUGUGUGUGUGUGUGUGUGUGUGAGACGUGACUGUGCGUGACACUCGCUGUGACACUCGACUCGCUGUGUGUGUGUGUGUGUGUGUGUCGUCGCCGCCGCCGCCUGGAAUUCACCGCUCUUGCGUCCCAGACGACGUCGACGGAGUGUAAAAGUGCGCCGUGUCGCGUGACCGAUGUCAUGAUGAUGAGCACAGGAGUGACGAGAAGAAGGGUAAAUAUUACUGUAGUAAAUAAGGGCGCUGAGGAAGGUGACGAUGGACCGUGUGCGCGUGCGCGCGCGCGCCCCUCCCCAGGGAUGGACAGCGGCCACACGAAGACCGUGGAGGAGGUGCUGGGCUUCUUCGGGGUCAACGAGUCCACGGGGCUGAGCUGCGAGCAGCUGAAGAAGGCGCGCGAGAGAUGGGGCUCCAACGAGCUUCCGGCAGAAGAAGGGAAGUCGCUAUGGGAACUGGUGCUGGAGCAGUUCGAAGACCUGCUGGUGCGGAUUCUCCUGUUGGCGGCAUGCAUCUCCUUCACUCUGGCCUGGUUCGAGGAGGGGGAGGGGACCAUCACAGCCUUCGUUGAGCCUUUCGUCAUCCUCCUCAUCCUCAUUGCCAACGCCAUCGUUGGAGUGUGGCAGGAGCGGAAUGCCGAGAACGCCAUUGAGGCGCUGAAGGAGUACGAACCGGAGAUGGCCAAGGUGUACCGGCAGGACAGGAAGAGUGUGCAGAGGAUCCGUGCCAGAGACCUCGUACCUGGCGACAUCGUGGAGGUGGCCGUGGGCGACAAGGUCCCGGCUGACAUCCGCCUGACAUCCAUCCGCUCGACGACGCUGCGUGUGGACCAGUCCAUCCUGACCGGCGAAUCCGUGUCGGUGCUCAAACACACGGAUCCGGUGCCCGACCCUCGCGCCGUCAACCAGGACAAGAAGAACAUGCUCUUUUCUGGCACCAACAUCGCGGCGGGGCGAGCCGUGGGCGUGGUUGUGGCCACAGGGGUCCACACGGAGAUCGGCAGGAUCCGUGACGAGAUGGCGGCCACGGAGCCAGAGAGGACGCCGCUGCAGCAAAAGCUGGACCAGUUCGGGGAGCAGCUCUCCAAGGUGAUCACGCUGAUCUGUGUGGCCGUGUGGGCCAUCAACGUGGGCCACUUCAGCGACCCGGUGCACGGGGGCAGCUGGCUGCGGGGGGCCGUCUAUUACUUCAAGAUCGCCGUAGCGCUCGCCGUAGCAGCCAUCCCCGAGGGCCUGCCGGCUGUGAUCACCACCUGCCUGGCGCUGGGCACCCGCCGCAUGGCCCGGAAGAACGCCAUCGUGCGCAGCCUGCCCUCCGUGGAGACGCUGGGCUGCACGUCCGUCAUCUGCUCCGACAAGACGGGCACGCUGACCACCAAUCAGAUGUCGGUGUGCAGGAUGUUUGUGGUGGACAGCGUAUCAGGGGAGCAAUGCGCCUUGAGCGAGUUCACGGUGACCGGAUCUACUUACGCCCCGGACGGGGAAGUCUAUCAGGGUCGCGCUCCAGUUCGCUGCAGUCAGUACGAGGGCCUGGUCGAGUUGGCCACCAUCUGUGCUCUGUGCAACGACUCUUCCCUGGACUACAACGAGGCUAAGGGUGUGUAUGAGAAGGUGGGCGAGGCCACGGAGACUGCCCUCUGCUGUCUGGUGGAGAAGAUGAACGUGUUUGACACGGACCUGCAUGGACUUACUCCAGCGGAGAGGGCGACGGCCUGCUGCUCUGUCAUCCAGCAGCUCAUGCGCAAGGAGCUCACGCUCGAGUUCUCCAGAGACAGGAAGUCCAUGUCCGUCUUCUGCUCUCCAAACAAGCUCAGCAGGUCCACCGGUGGGGCCAAGAUGUUUGUGAAGGUGCGGAGCCCCCUGUCUGCCCGCGUUCUCGCUCUCGCUCUGGUUUCCUUCUCCGUGUCUCACCGCCACCCCGCUCCCCCGCAGGGGGCGCCAGAGAGCGUGUUGGAGCGAUGCCGCUGGCUCCGGGUGGGCGGCGGCUCCCGAGUACCCAUGUCCCCGGCCCAGCGGGAGCAGCUUCUAGCCAAGGUGCGUGAGUGGGGGUCGGGCCGUGACACCCUGCGCUGCCUCACCAUGGCGACGCGAGACUCUCCUCCGGACCCGCGUACCCUCACUCUGGACAACUCGGCGAGCUUCUCCGACUACGAGUCGGAGCUGACCUUCGUGGGCUGCGUGGGCAUGCUGGACCCGCCCCGGAAGGAGGUACUGGGAGCCGUGCGCAUGUGCAGACAGGCUGGCAUCCGGGUGAUCAUGAUCACGGGAGACAACAAAGGUACAGCCAUGUCCAUCUGCCGGCGCGUGGGCAUCAUCACGGAGCAGGAGGAGGAGGAGGAGGAAGGCGGGGGGGACGGCCAGUUCCUGGGGGGGCUCACGGGCCGUGAGUUUGACGAGCUGCCCCCCCACCUGCAGAGGCAGGCGUGUCGCACGGUGCGCUGCUUCGCCCGCGUGGAGCCCGCCCACAAGAGCCGCAUUGUGGAGUACCUGCAGAGCCUCAGUGACAUCACAGCCAUGACGGGCGACGGCGUGAACGACGCUCCCGCUCUGAAGAAGGCCGAGAUCGGCAUCGCCAUGGGUUCGGGGACGGCUGUGGCCAAGUCGGCCUCCGACAUGAUUCUGGCCGACGACAACUUCUCGACGAUCGUGGCAGCAGUGGAGGAGGGCCGCGCCAUCUACAACAACAUGAAGCAGUUCAUCCGCUAUCUCAUCUCGUCAAACAUCGGCGAGGUGGUCUGCAUCUUCCUGACGGCGGCGCUAGGAAUGCCUGAGGCGCUCAUCCCCGUGCAGCUGCUCUGGGUGAACCUGGUGACGGACGGCUUCCCGGCCACUGCCCUCGGCUUCAACCCCCCCGAUCUGGACAUCAUGUCCCGCCCCCCGCGCUCCCCCAAGGAGCCCCUCAUCUCCGGCUGGCUCUUCUGCAGAUACCUCAUCAUUGGCUGCUACGUUGGAGCUGCCACAGUGGGUGCAGCAGCCUGGUGGUUCAUGGCCGCCCACGAUGGACCCAAACUUUCCUUCUACCAACUGUCACACUACCUGCAGUGCAGUGAGGCUCACGGUGACUUUGAGGGGGUGCAGUGCUCCGUGUUCGAGUCGCCGUACCCCAUGACCAUGGCGCUCUCCGUGCUCGUCACCAUAGAGAUGUGCAAUGCCCUUAACAGCCUCUCCGAGAACCAGUCACUGCUCAAGAUGCCCCCCUGGUCGAACCCGUGGCUGGUGGGGGCCAUCUGCCUCUCCAUGGCGCUGCACUUCCUCAUCCUCUACAUGGACCCGCUUCCCGUGAUCUUCCAGAUCCGCCCACUCUCGUGGUCCCAGUGGGUGACGGUGCUCAAGAUGUCCCUUCCUGUCAUCCUACUCGAUGAGGUGCUCAAGUUUGUGGCGAGGAACUACGUCGAACCCGGGUGCGAGUUGGGGCCGGAGGAGGAGGAGGAGGAGGAGGGGCAGGAAGAGCGCAGGGGGCAGCAGCAUGGCAGAGGCGGUGAUGCAGGGCGGGUGCUGCUCGCCUCUGUCCGUCAGGCCUUCAAGGGCGUGUCUUGGUCCUUUGUCCUCAUGUCUGUCCCCUUGCUCAUCUGGAUCUACAGCCUGGACUCGGAUAUCACCAACAUCUUCUGGACAUAGGGGGUGGGGAGCGGGCAAGUGUGUGUGUGUCUGUCUGUCUGGCUGUCUGUCUGUCCUUCUCCCUGUUGUCCUUGAACACUGACGCCUCACUUUCCCCUGCAGGGAGGAGUUAGAGUACAGUAGAGUAAAUCAGUGUAAAGUAGAGGUAGGUGGAAUAUGAUGUUCCCUGCGAUGGAAAUGUUCCUUUAGCCGUGUCUCAGCGGUCCAGGGUUUGAGCGGCUCCUACAGUGCCGCCUCCCUUUGCUGCUGUGUGCGGUCAGUGCUGCUGCUCUCGUGGUCGCUACUGCGAUGCGUUCCGUUUGCGGUUCAUCAGGAUGACCGGCGUUCGGUCAGUAACGAGUUCUGCUCCUCUUGUGUGUGUCAUUGCUGCGUUAUUGUUACUAAUAAUGAUCCUAAUUUAAUAAUUAAUAAUAACCCCCCUAGGGCUCCACCAGCAAGGGUCACGUUUCACCGCAGUUCACAUUCACUGCUCCUCAACGACUUACUAAGCGCUGCGGUCUAGAGGGGGGAAAAAAGGGUGUGAUAGCAUCAUAAUAGAAGUGUCUGUGUGUGUGUGUGAUGGCAUGUGCAUGUUUGUGCGUGCGUGUGUGUGUGUGUGUGUGUG